AACAAAGUAGAAUAAGAAAUAUUUCAAAUACAGUAAUGAAAGUAAAGCAGAUCCUUGGCAGAAGCCAGAAAUUUGGUCCUUGGAUCUGGCUUCUCAGCAAUUAGCCCUGAGAGGGAAGAAUCCGUUGGCUCCUGGAAAUAAACGGAAAGCACCCAGAGUUUCCCCACACCUUCAGAUUUGGACCUUGCUGUCCAGGAGCUUUCGUCAGCUAGCCUUCCUUCCCAGUCCACUAUGGCCAGUUCCAAUAGCAGUGCGGGCAUCCGGUGGUCCAGACAGGAGACGCGAACUCUUCUCUCCAUACUAGGCGAGGCAGAAUACAUUCAACGCCUCCAGACUGUGCAUCAUAAUGCAGAUGUCUAUCAGGCUGUGUCUAAGCGAAUGCAGCAGGAAGGCUUCCGCCGCACCGAUCGUCAGUGCCGCUCCAAGUUUAAAGUUCUGAAGGCAUUAUAUUUAAAGGCAUAUGUUGCCCAUGCCACCAGUAUGGGUGACCCACCACACUGUCCAUUUUAUGAGACCUUGGAUCAGCUUCUCCGAAAUCAGGUAGUGGCUGACCCAGACAACUUAAUGGAGGAUGCUGCUUGGGCCAAGCACUAUACUCAGAACUUAAUGGCCUCUGGCAACCCAGGGGAAGAGGGAGCCGACAUUCUGAAACCAAAAAGGACUCAGGCAGCAGAUUAUCAGCCUAUCUCGAAAACAGUUAAGGAAUCAGAUGAGGAUUGUCAACUGAGAAUCACUGACCAGAUGCAAGAAACGAGUGAUCUUGAGGACUCCUGGGAUGAAUCCUCAGGUGCAGGGUGCUCUCAAGGGACCCCCAGCUACAGCAGUUCCCACCACCUUUUCAGAGGUGCAGUUGCUCCCUGUCAGAGCAGCCCCAUGACCAGACUGGGUGUGUCCGGUGAGCCCAGUCCCUGCACCAGCACGGGCCGAAACACUCCUGGGGUGGCCUUCACACAGCAGCCUCCAAUCUCCUCCGGAGUUCCUUUUUCUGGUGGGGAUAGGCCUUUGACCAGUGAGCCCCCUCCAAGGUGGGCAAGACGAAGAAGGCGGUCAGUGGCCAGGACUAUUGCAGCUGAAUUGGCAGAAAACAGGAGAUUGGCACGAGAACUUUCAAAACGUGAGGAAGAAAAAUUGGACAGGCUGAUUGCUAUUGGUGAGGAGGCCAGUGCUCAGCAAGACACUGCCAAUGAGCUCCGCAGGGAUGCCGUGAUUGCAGUGAGACGCUUGGCAACAGCAGUGGAAGAGGCAACCGGUGCUUUUCAGCUCGGGCUUGAAAAAUUGCUUCAGAGGUUAAUUUCUAACACCAAAAGUUAGGAACUAAUGAUAAAAGGGUGUAUAUCCUAAACUGGUAGAAGCCCAUAUCCAAUACUUGCCUUUUGGUGACCUGGAUCUUUUUCCAUGUCCUCAGAGAAAAGAGUGGAUGAGCCAUAAAUAUGCAGAAGAGUAGGAAUACACCUGCUAGUUGUUUUUCCCAAACUUCUCCACUAAUUGAAAGACUUCAGAUAUUUGAGAGGUGGCCUAAUGGAAAAUGGAUGGAGCCAACUCCAGAGCUAGUUAGCCCUGGCUUUGUCACUAAUGUGAGGCAAUUUAGUUUACCUCUCAGCACCAGUUUCCUCAUCAGUAAAAUGGGAGCUAGGUAACAAAUCCUAACCUGCCUACCUCACAGGGAUGUUGUGAGGAUCAAAUAGCUAAUAGAUGUGAAAGGGCUUAAAAGCACCAUAUACACAUGUAAGUUAUUAAUGUAUAUGACCUUGACCAAGGUAAGGCAAGGAUGCGGCACAUUAGCUGACAAGAUAGAGAAUUAUGGUUGUAUACCAUGAUGACUUCAUUGCUUGAAUAGUUGUUUAACUUGAUUGCUUUCUGAAGUUUAAAGUCUUCAUUUUUUUUAAUGCUUCUAUAGUUCAAGACUACUAUAGACACAACAUCUAUUUGUACCUUUCUCUCAUUUUCACUGCUGUGUCUGUGACAUACCUACUAGUAAGCACUCAAUAGUCAAACCAUCUUUCCCUCCAUUUUAAUAGUUCUUAGUCUCUAUAGGAUAUAAUUCAGAACUGAUAGGAAGCCACAAUCAUGUGUUAUGGUACAUAUUUAUAAUCUGAUAUAAUGAGAUACUGGCUGUUUAUAAAAUAUUAAAUGUAAGUAAAUUCUUUGCAUUCUAUAUUACUGGGGUUCUUUACAUGCAUAAUUACAUAUCUUUAAAUUUGAAUUGCUAAUUGAAUAUCUUGGAAAGAUUUGGAAUAAUAUCAGUUUCCCAGGUGCUUUUUAGCUAAUUUCAUUCUUUUUUGUUAGCAUUGUUUCUGUGUUGAGUGUUACAGAAGGCAAGCACUAGAAAACUUUUCUUCUAGGGAACUUUCCAAAAUCACUUUUUCUCACAUGGUGUAGAAGAAAGAUCACCUAGUUAGUGGCAUGUGGUAGAAAAGAACAGCUUUGGGAAGAGUUGAGCGUGAUGUGAAUAAAGACUGCUUGCAAUAAAUAACUCCUUUUAAGCACAGGUUCUCAACAAAUACAUUCCAUUUUCCCCAAAAAACACAGGUGUUGAGCCAUAUUUCCAAUUGAAAAAGUUUUUCUUCAAUCAUUAGGCUGAAAAAAAGUCUGAGCAUGUUGGAAGAAGUUUUAUAUUUUGCAGGCUUGGGUGCUUAAUGCAGGAAAUACAAAUAGGUGAAGAAAUAGUCAAAAAAUAGUGGGAACAUACCUGGAACCAUGAAUAGAUGGCAAGCAAGUGAGCUGCUCUGUUGAGUGGAUAAUGGCUGGAGGAGGCAGCUGCUGUGGUAGCAUACACUGGAAUCAAGUUAGAACUCUUGGGUUCUAAUCCUGUCACCAUUACAUUGGCAAAUCAUUUGAAUUUUAGGUCGAUAAAUGGAGGGAUAUGUGUCAGUUAUAACUAGAUAACACUAAUAUAGGUAGGUAGACAUUUUGGAAAAACAGGGAAGUACUUGAAGAAUUAGGCCUGUACUAUAUUAAUCUAUUAAUGGUGGCAAAAUACAUAGGCAGUGAUUUAUUUGAGAUAAAGGAAGUGCUGAAGUAUAGAAGUGGAGUUAAACUUUGAAGCUAGUAUUGUGAAAAGCUAAUGGGUAAUGUAAUCUUAAUGUGGGAAUAAAAUUAAAGGAAAAUGAAGUGAACAGAACAGAAAUAGGCAAGAUAUUAUAAAGAGGAGGGAAGUUGUAAUAAGGGGACAUUGUAUGAAAGAAAACAAGCCCAGAAAUCCUGCUUAAGUUCCAGGCCAAACCAUUACUACCUAUUCAUCCUUUAGUGGGUCAUUUUACCAUUCUACUGGUAUAUCUCAGGAUCCUCACCUAUUAAGAAACUGAUAACUGUCCUACCUACCUCACGGGAUUGUUGUGAGGGUCAAAGAAACAGAUAAAUGUAAAAAUGCUUUCAUACAUGGAAAGCACUAUACUGUGACAGUAGUGGGAAAGAAGACCCUGUAGCACAUUGGUGCUGGUAUGUUCCCUAUCUAAGGGCCUGCUGACCAUGUAAGAGACAUGUAAGGAAGGAGGAGGAAGAUAAAAUGGCAUUGCUGAUAAAGGUGGUGAUACUAUGGUAGGGUUAACGUUCUGCCUCCUUAAGACCAUGAUGUAAAGGUGCUGUGUAUACUAACCUCCCACCAUCCUUUGUUUUUCUGUUACAUAAUUAAUCCUGGUGUGGACAAAUAAAGUUUUUAUUUGUAUGUA